AUGUCGCAUCACGGCUCUGAUCCUGACCUCCACCGGGCCAUCUCUCUGCGACCCAGUCCAUUCCACGCACACCCUGAACCCUCAACCCGGGCUACUCAACUUCCGACAGGAGUGUUUCCUGUUCUUCCGCUGCCGCAGACCAAGGCCGCCACUUCUGCUUCUACCUCGUACGAGGUCAACGAGUCUCAUGACCCUGUCUCGCGCCCUGCCUAUGCUCGCAAUGCCAGCGAGGCGGAAGACGUAGAAGGCCAGGCCCUUCCGAGCUAUACCUCUGAAAAUGAUCCGCUAGACCUAUCGAGCCGCAUCAAGAGCGCUACGCAGCUGGAUGCCAUACAGGCAAACACGUCUAGGAGACGUCAAGGUGCUAAGGAUCGCUUUUGCGCCCCUGUUGCUCAGACCAAGGAUGCCAUUCAGCUACGCAAAGUUCGAGGCUUCUACGAGGGCCAGAACGAGGCUAUCGAAAGAAUGUUGAAACCGGUCGACGACCACAGAAGGGAAGCCAAAGAAGAAGCUGGUGCUGACAAUCUACAAUACAAGAUUGCUGUCUACGGCUCAUUCGCUGCGAACGUGGUCCUCGCCGGUCUUCAGUUGUAUGGAGCCGUCUCUUCUGGUUCUUUAUCUCUCUUCACCACCACUGCCGAUGCCAUCUUCGACCCCUUGGCCAAUGCUACCUUGCUCCUUUGUAACCGAGCUGUCAACAAAGUCGAUCCUCGCAAGUUCCCUGCCGGAAAAGCUCGUAUUGAGACUGCAGGCAAUAUUUGCUUCUGUUUCCUUAUGUGCAGCGUCUCGUUCAUUCUGAUAGUGCUCUCGGUAAUGGAGCUCGUCAGAGGAUCCGAUUCUGAGACAAAGACCUUCCACCUACCUUCUGUCCUUGCUGUAUGCGUGGCCUUUGCCACCAAACUUGCGCUGUUCAUUUACUGUUGGUCCUUGAGGAACAAAUAUUCCUCUAUUCGCAUCUUGUGGGAAGGUACAUUCGGUGUCUUGACCUCCGUUGGAGGUAGCAAGCUCGCCUGGCAAAUCGAUCCCGCAGGAGCUAUUGCGCUCUCGUGUCUGGUCGCCUUCCUGUGGCUCCGUACCGCUUACUCUGAAUUUCAGCUUCUGAUCGGAGUCACCGCGCCUACCCACAUUCUUCAAUGGAUCACGUACAUCUCCAUGACACACAGUCCGGAUAUCGUCAGCCUGGACACUGUAAGGGCCUGGUACUCUGGUCCUCGAAUUACAGUUGAAGUGGACAUUGUUCUCCACCCGAACAUGACCCUUAAAGAGACCCACGACAUUGCAGAAGAUUUGCAAAACAAACUCGAAGGUCUGCCAGACGUCGAGAGAGCCUACGUUCAUAGUGAUUACGAGACUGAACACAGGGCGGAACACUUUUUGAAGAAGGAGCUCUGA